CAUCCCAUAGUGCGUUGUCACCACCGACAUGCCGCAGAACAUGAGACACGCGUACAAAUGGAUUCUCAUCUAGUUCACCUGCUGCGGUGGCGGGCGAAAAAGUCUGCCUUCCUAAACGGUUUAUAAGCUAUCGCUGGACACCGAUUCCGGCUCACUAGUUUACCGGUCACCUGUCCAAGCGGUUCCGUCGCUUGGCUUGGAUUAUUUACACUUUACGAAACUCGACAAGCCGCCGAUUGUGAUUCGUGCUACCAGGUCAUAAUGGCCUACGUGCUCCAGAAGUGGAUCGAUGGAUACAAUGGGUUUCUGCAGGACCACAGAGAUGAUCGCAGUGCUGACCUUCCACUGUUGAACAAUAACUGGCAGGUUCCGUUGAUCGUCGGAGCAUACCUGGUGGUGGUUCUACGAAUUGGGCCUCGGAUGAUGGCAAAUAGGAAACCAUUUGAGCUGAAAGGUGUCAUCCGGGUGUACAACCUUCUGCAGGUCGCGAUCAAUUGGAUCCUGUUUAUGGUCAUAAGCUAUAUCCUGCUGAACCGACCUGACUUCUCCUACCAGUGUCAACCAGUUGACUUCUCCAAAACUACACAAGGCUACCAGGAAAUGUUCGUUGCUUAUGCAUAUUUCGUACUGAAAGUCCUAGACCUGGCAGAUACGCUACUAUUCAUAUUACGAAAAAAGCAGUCACAAGUAUCUUUCCUGCAUGUGUAUCACCACUCAAUGAUGGUUCUAGUGUCCUAUUAUGGAGUUCUGUUUGCACCAGGAGGUCACAACUUCAUCCUGGGCGUAUGGAAUACCCUAGGGCACGCUGGCAUCUACCUGUACUACUUCUUCGCCACGUACAACUCUCCACUAGCCGCACGGUGCAAAAUUCACCUAACCAGGUUGCAACUGGUGCAGUUCGUAUACCUUACGGUUCACUUUGGGCGGCCAGCUCUCACGGGGAUGCAGUGCGGCUUCCCUCAGCUGUGGCACUGGAUCGGACUGGUCCAGACGGUAUUCUUCUUGGGGAUGUUCCUAGAUUUUUACAUCAAAUCAUACGUUAAGAAGCCACAUAAGGUGGAAUAAAGUUUCCACUUAGUUGUGUAAGGAAAGCUCUAAACGAUUAUAGUGCAUGGGGUCUAACUAUUGAUUUCCAAAGAAAUAUAACUUAGUAGGAGUUAGGUAUGUAAAGUACAAAACGUAAUGAAAUACUUAAUCCACUUACAAGGUGGAUGAAUAAAAUUAUUCAUAUGAUGGGUAAAUAUGAGUGCAUUGCUCGUUACUUCCUAUGUAAAUCUACCUUACUAGGACGUCUCAGACUAGAACAUACUACAAUCCAACCAUUCAAUACAUCUACACUAAGGACCCGAUUUUGUCAGCCCCAUUUUGCGACAAACUUUUUGCUCUCAUUAUCUUACGGUCACAUUUUAAGCAAUUUAUUGAUAUUUAUCAUCAAACUACAGCUGAGACGCAGAACAUAAAGGAAUAAAAAGUUUGAAAAACUGUUUAAGUUUUUUAAGAGAG